GCCAGACUCAACGGCAGUUUCUGGGGAGAGCAGCCUUCUGCCCAUUGCAGCAGUUUCCUUUUUCUUUGGGAGGAAGAAAAGGCUCAAUUGGGAUAUUUAUCAGCCUCUCCUGUUCCUCUGGGGUUUGGUGCAGUUGACAACCGGCAAGGAUCAAAUGAGCUGGUCGUCUCGGGACCAUGGAAAACAUGGCAUCGAGGCUCAAGAAUGCCCCUUAUUUUCUAUGUGAGAAGGGGAACAAUUCUGUCCCCGUGUGCCAGAAGUGUGAGACGUGUGUCCUGGCCUGGAAGAUCUUCUCCACCAAAGAGUGGUUCCGAAGGGUGGGCAAGAUGUCCCAGAGGAGGUUUCUGGUCAGCAUCCUGCAGCAGCUGGAUAGCUUGCAUUUGUUACACUAUUUUCAAAAUAUCCUUCAGACCACGCAGGGGAAGGAUUUUGUCUACCACAGGUCCCGGGUCAACCUCAGCAAGAAGGAGGGGAAAAUCAUCAAGUCCUCCUUGAACCAAAUGCUGGACAAGAUGGUGGAACAGAAGAUGAGGGAGAUUUUGUACUGGUUUGGGAACAGCAGCUACCGGACGAAGACGAAUUACACACUCUUGCUGCUGCAGAUGUGCGACCCCGAGUUACUGCUCACUGCUGUUGAUGUCAUCAGAGUCCUGUUUCUGAGAGGGCGGAACGAUGCCUCAGGGAACGACCCAGACUCCAAGGAUGUGCUUUUCGUCCCUGAGAAAGGCCACACGCCCCCGUGCGAGACCUCACAAGUCUGCUGGGCAGCCAGACCCGGGCACACAUCCUUCCCGUUCUCCAAAACUACAGGAAAAGCAAGCUUGCACGAAAAUGUGUCGUGGGGACCAGCCACUACUGAAGGACAGUGGAAGAGUUCACUCCAGUAUAUUUCCGAGAUGAAUAGGCUGUCUUCUGAAAAAGCAAGCGUGUUCAAAGCAGGCUUGGCCCCCGCCGCCGAUGUGCUGGUGGAUCUGGAGGCCGUCAGAGAGCUGUCUUCUGGGGUCAGCACAUACCGCGACUUCAUCCGUCACCUGCCGGUCCAUCUCUCCAAGUAUAUCCUCGGUAUGCUGGAUAAGAACAGCCUGAACAGGUGUGUGUUCGUGAGCCAGCACUGGGCAGUGCUGGCCCAGCAGGUCAGGACCGACCUGUCCAUGCAGUCUUUCAUCCAGCACCAGAUCACCGUACUGCAGGGGUCCUACACCAGGGGAAUAGACCCUACUUACGCCAACAAGGUUACUGUCCCAGUUCCUAAGAUGGCGGAUGACGGGAAGCACCUAUGCGUGAAAAAUCCGAAACGGAAACUGAGAACGAAGAAUGACUACAACCUGUGGACCGCAUACCAGAACCAGGAAACUCAGCAGGUGCAGAUGGAGGAGAGGAAUGUCUUCUGUGGCACUUAUAACGUCCGCAUUCUCUCUGACGUGUGGGACCGAAGCAGAGUCGUCCACUAUUCUGGGGGACAUUUGUUAGCUGUGUCAUCCAAUCGGAAGAUCCAGCUUCUGGACAUCGUACAGAUAAAACACAUACCCGUCAAGUUCCGAGGCCACACUGGGAGUGUCCGUACCCUCUUCUUGUGUGAGGAGGAAAACUUUCUCCUGAGCGGGAGUUAUGACCUGAGUAUCAGAUACUGGGAUCUGAAGAGUGGGGCUUGCAAACGCAUCUUCAAUGGCCACCAGGGGACUAUCAGUUGCAUGGAUGUGUGGAAGAACAAGCUCGCAUCUGGAGCAAGAGAUUGCCAGGUAAAAGAGUGGGAUAUAGAGACAGGAAAGUGCCUGAAGACCUUUAAACACAAAAACCCCAUCCUGGCCACCAGGAUCAAUGACACGUACAUCGUGAGCAGCUGUGAGAAAGGGCUGGUCAAAGUGUGGCACGUCAUCACAGCCCAGCUGGUAAAGACACUCAAUGGCCAUGAGGGAGCUGUGAAGUGUCUGUGCUUCGACCAGUGGCAUCUCCUGUCGGGAAGCGCUGACGGCCUGGUGAUGGCCUGGAGCAUGGUGGGAAAGUACGAGCGGUGCCUCAUGGCCUUCAAGCAUCCAAAGGAGGUUCUCCACGUGGCCCUUCUCUUCCUCCGGGUCAUCAGUGCCUGUGCAGAUGGCAAGAUCCGCAUUUACAAUUUCCUAAAUGGGAACUGUCUGAAGGUGAUGAAAGCCAAUGGCAGAGGUUAUCCUGUGCUGUCCUUCUUUAUUCAGGGCAACAGGAUGGUGAUCAACACAGAGAGCAACAUCCUCAUGUUCCAGUUCGAGAAUAUCAAGUGGCAGUACUCCCUGGAACGGGCCAAACAAAAGAAGAAGGACAAAGAGGAUGACAGGGAAGAAAACGGCCUCGCAGAAGUUCUCUCCAAGUCGAGCACUCAGAUUCACAGCCCUCAGGAAUCCAUACCUAGCAAACACACGGCCCAGGAGUCCCUGUUCAGCAAAUCUCACAGGUCCCCAGUUCUGAGGGCAUCCAGGUUACCUACAGGAGUGUUAACGGAGGCACCUCGAAGUCAAGGAAAGCCAAAGUCACCCCGAAGAGAUGGCAGGAAGAGACCGACUUCUAGGGAAGCAAAUGGCACGGGCACCGAGCAAGAGAGUUUGGGAGCAGAACCCCUCGCCGGAGAUAAGAAGAGCGCAGAUGAUGUGGAGAAAAUACCAAAACAAGGACAACUGGGAACUUUGGGAGACUUGAUCAAUUGCUCAAAGAAGAAGUCCUGGUGCAUCCCUAUGUCACCUGACCAGUUCCUCCUGACUGUGAAUGCCCUGCAGAAAGCCCAUAAUUCUGGGGAGUUUGCCUAUCCCCGGAGGCCCCAAACCCAGGUCAUCGAUGCCUGGGGACCUUCCAUUUCAUACCCAAGGAAGGUCCUGAGUUUGAAGGGACGAUCGGUCCAACAUGCGGUCGAUCGGUUGAGAUUGAGCAACCCUCCCAUAGACGUGAAACAAACCAGUAUUCCUCUUGAAAUCCAGAAGCUUCAGCUUAACCUGAAGAACUCUGUGCACAGCCCCAGAGUCCAGUCUGCCAUCCCCCAGCCGGUGCUUAUCUGCCCCAGGUUCUCUGGCAGCUUAAAGGCUGAAGACCCGCCAACCAGUUCAACUGAUGGGGCAGUGCGCAGCUUCAGCCCCUUAACCAGCACACAGGUCAUCCAACCAAACCGCGUGCUGGCUCCGCCGAUGGGCACGACGGCCCAGGCUGCCAAGAGAGAUUGGCCCCGCUUCUACACGGCCCUCGACCCCUUCAGAGUGAACACAGAGUUCAUGCUGCUGACUGUGAAGGAGGAGAAAGAGUACGAGGAGGCCAAGAUGAAGGAGUUUCAGGCCAUAAAGCCGGCUGGAGGGGUUGAUCCGGAAAAAGCCAGCAGAGCUGCCUGGGUCAGGAAGAUCAAAGGCCUGCCCAUUGAUAAUUUCAUGAAGCAAGGAAAAACAGCAGCCCCUGAACUUGGGCAAAACGUAUUUAUCUGAACCAGCCUUGGGAAGUUACAGCGUUUUAUAAUAAACAAAAAACCAAGUGGA